GGGCAGGCAAAAACACUCCCCAUGCCCAGCGUGCGGCCCCAUUCUACUGGCCUGGCGCGCACUUUUCUGCUCGGGCCUGCCCCACGUUUGGGCGGCGCCAGCGGACCAGAAAAACAGCCCUCUCAGCAAAUCAUGCAAACAAAGCCAGAGCAAACCUGACCAUGGCAUAACUCCCGCAUUUUUCCCCCUGAACCCCUUUCUUCUCAUAGCACAAAUUUCUUCAAAUCACAUCUGUUUCUUCUUCCCAUCCCAUGUUGCUUAGAGGCCUCUUACCAAUACUCUCCGGGCUCGCGCGCGCGGCCCUGGGGCCCGCGGCCCUGGGGAGCCAGCCGUGGGACUGCCUGGCCCUCACGGCCCGCCACUUGGUGCAUGACAAUGUCGUCUUCAUUUGCGUCGACCCGCCGGGCCUGAACGCCCUGGCCCCCAACCCCCGCACCGUUGUGGUCCACGCCCAAACGCUCAAGCUCCUGCACUCAAAACUCGGCUUUGACCCCGACCAGCAGUGGAUAGAACUUGCGCCUGGAAGUAGUGUUCCCGUCGGCAGAACCACAAAGCCAGUCUCGCUGUGCUUGCUGGCCCUCCACGGAGACGGAGCCAUCCAGCAGCACCUGCAGACGGGCCAGUUCCACGUGGCGGCGACCGCCGGGAUGACGUUGGGCACUUUUGGCACGCUGUGGUUCUUCACAUCCUUCGAAACGACGUCGGAAAUGCAGGCCACCGGCGAACAGCAGAUGGAAUUCGCGUGCCACGCCCCUGCGGGCCAGCGCGUCCAGAUCUUCAGCGUGGCCACCAGGUAUCUUUUGCUGGGGUGGCGCUGGCGGCCUGUCACAAUCAGCGAGGACGGGGGGGUGGUGGAAUACGGCGCGUGGCGCACGGUGCCGCCCUUCACAAUUGUGGACGAUGUUCCGCAGAUGGCAUGUGUGACCGACCCGGCGUUGCUCGUGUGCGACGACUUUUAGCGGUGGGUGAUACUGUGGGCCCGGGCGAGCGUACUGGUGCCAGAGUGUGGGGCCUUGUUGCCGCGGCGCCUGUGUGCAUUUGACAUGGAAGACUAGGCCCCGAUAUGAGCAGAUCCAUGAUGUGAAUAAGUCCGUGAGAUAAAAAGAUCUUGAUGUGAAUGAAGCCAAGAUGUGAGUAGACCAUAUGUUAGUACAUUCAUGGUGUGCGUAGAACCAUAAUGUGAGUAGAACCAUGAUGUGAGUAGAACCAUAAUGUGAGUAGAUUCAUGGUGUGAGUAGAUUCAUGAUGUGAGUAGAUUCAUGAUGUGAGUAGAACCAUUAUGUGAGUAGAACCAUAAUGU